UGGAAUUCACUGUCAAAGUGUCAUAUAUGGAAAUCUAUAUGGAAAAAGUCCGAGAUUUAUUAAACCCUUCACAGGAUAACCUACCUAUUCAUGAAGACAAAACACAUGGAGUCUAUGUCAAGGGCUUACUCGAAUCACUCGAUCGUUGUCAUCACCAUCACACAAAAGAAUAUUGACACAGGGGCAGCCAAGAGUGGUAAACUCUAUUUGGUUGAUUUGGCAGGUUCCGAAAAGGUGGGAAAGACAGGUGCUUCCGGUCAAACAUUGGAAGAAGCGAAAAAGAUUAACAAGUCUCUGACUGCAUUGGGUAUGGUUAUUAAUGCACUGACGGAUGGAAAGUCAAGUCAUAUUCCUUACCGAGACUCCAAGCUGACCCGUAUUCUGCAAGAAUCACUUGGUGGUAACUCACGCACGACUCUGAUUAUCAAUUGUUCUCCAUCGUCGUACAAUGAGGCUGAGACACUCUCCACCUUACGUUUUGGUAUGCGAGCCAAGACGAUCAAGAACAAGGCCAAGGUCAACGCUGAUCUGUCGCCUGCUGAACUCAAAGCACUGCUCAAGAAGGUCAAGUCCGAGACGGUUACCUUUAAGCAGUACAUUGCUGCCUUGGAGGGCGAAGUCAGUAUCUGGCGAUCGGGUCAAGUGGUGCCUGAGGAUAAGUGGGUGACCAUGGACAAAGUCACACGAGGCGAUUUUGCUUCUCUACCCCCUGCCUCUGGUUUCAAGAGUCCUUUGCCUUCUGACGACUUUUCUCGUCCAACAACCCCUGCGAUUGUACUCGAAAAAGAUGAGCGUGAUGAAUUCUUGAAAAGAGAAAACGAACUGAUGGAUCAAAUCGCCGAAAAGGAAACAGAACUGAGCAAUCGAGAGAAGCUGCUCGAAAACUUGAAAGAAGAGAUUGCGUACUACAAGGAACAGGAACAGUCAGUCACGCAGGAGAACCAGGUCAUGACAUCUGAAUUAAACGAGUUGCGUCUGCAGCUGCAAAAGAUAUCCUUUGAAAGUAAAGAAAAUGCCAUCACUGUCGACUCGUUAAAGGAAGCGAACCAGGAACUCAUGUCCGAAUUGGAGGAACUCAAAAAGAACUUGGCCGAGAUACGUAACGCUCAAACCAAGGCUACUCAGAGCGACAAGGAAAGAAAGAAGGCUGAAAAGAUGGCGCAGAUCAUGUCCGGCUUCGAGGUGUCUAAUGAGAUGAAUGAAAAGGAACGUCAGAUCAGAGACGCUCUUGUCAAACUUGAGUUGGAUGGAAACGGUCUUAGUGUCGAAGAACUCGUUUCCUUACGUCGUGACCUGUCUGAUUCACGUGCGCUUGUUGAGCAACAUACCAAGACGAUCGACGACUUGACCCAGGAAAAGAAAUUGAUUGAACAAAAGAAGACAGAACUUGAGAGUCGAUUUGCUAAUCUUGAGCAAGAAUAUGAAGAGUUACUGGAUAAGACGAUUGCUGAAGAAGAAGCACAAAUUCAAAAGAGUGCUGAUAUUGAUGAAACAAUCAGUGCUCUUAAAUCCAAAUUAGAGCAACAGUACAUAUCCAAGAAGGAGGCUCAACAGAGAGAAAUUGAUGAACUCAAGCAACAACUGGAGCAAAAGACAAAUGAACACACUAGAUUAAGUACAACUAUCAAUGACUUGAAAUCAGUCAAUGAUCAACUUCAGGUAAAAAAAAGAACAAGCAAUGGUAAAUGCUUUUCAUUCUUAUGCAAUAUUAUUUUUAGACUGCUCUAACCGAACAAGCACGCAAAGAGCCUGCAGAUAUAAGCGAAAAAGAAAAGGACCUUGAGCGUAUGAGAAAGAGCAUGGCACAGCAGUUGGCCGAUUUUGAAAUGAUGAAGAAGGCUCUCAUGAGAGAUCUUCAAAGCCGUUGUGAAAAGGUAGUUGAAUUGGAGAUGUCCUUGGACG